UCUGCACAGGCGCAGAACGCAGCUCGGUCUCCGCAGAAGCCGAACGGCUCUGAACAGAACCGACACACUAGCAGCGGACCGCGGCAGCCUCUCGGCACCGGACACGGAGCCGCGCGCGAGCAACACUCCCGCCUGCGCGUGCAGCUGCCGACCGAGGCCGCGAGCCGGACAGACGGAGGAUCGUCAUCAUCAGCAGAGCGCGGGGAUGAUAGCUGAGCGCAUCAGAGAUGCUGCAGGAGAAGGCUUCAGCUGUGACGGAUGAGCGUGUGAGCCGGGUCCAGGCCGGUGGGGAGACGGAUCUUUUUCCAGAGCGGUCACAACUUGGCCCGUCCUCAGCUCCCAGCGCUCCCAACGCCGCUGGGCCUGAACAGAACAUUGAGAACAUUAAGGUGGUCCUUCAUGAGAGGGAGCUGUGGAAGAGGUUCCACGAGGCUGGAACUGAGAUGAUCAUCACCAAAGCUGGAAGGAGGAUGUUUCCCAGCUACAAGGUUAAAGUGAGUGGCAUGAACCCCAAGACUAAAUACAUCCUUCUCAUUGACAUUGUCCCAGCUGAUGACCACCGCUACAAAUUCUGUGACAACAAGUGGAUGGUGGCUGGAAAGGCUGAGCCUGCAAUGCCAGGUAGACUCUAUGUGCAUCCGGAUUCCCCUGCCACAGGAGCUCAUUGGAUGCGGCAAUUGGUGUCAUUUCAGAAGCUAAAACUGACAAAUAAUCACCUGGACCCGUUCGGACAUAUCAUCCUUAACUCCAUGCAUAAAUACCAGCCCAGGCUUCACAUUGUCAAAGCUGAUGAAAACAAUGCCUUCGGAUCGAAGAACACUGCCUACUGUACUCAUGUCUUCCACGAGACUGCCUUCAUCUCAGUAACAUCUUAUCAGAAUCAUAAGAUCACUCAGCUGAAGAUAGAAAACAACCCAUUUGCUAAAGGGUUCCGAGGCAGUGAAGAUGGAGAUCUGCGCGCUUCAAGACUAGAGGGGAAAGAUUAUCCAGUCAUUUCAAAGAACGUGGUUCGUCAGAGGAUCCUCUCCUCACACAGUCACCUUUCGGGGAAGCUCCGGGCCGGAGUUCUAACAGGCCAUGCUCAAGUCCUGUCUCCUUAUCCGUACGACACAGCAGUUCCUUUGUCUAACCUGGACUCCCAGGAUUCUCUCUCCAACCACUUCCCCCAGAGCAGAGAUCCUGGUCUAGUUUAUCACUGCUUUAAACACAGAGAUAACAGCCGACACUUGGAGCUCGGAUGCAAGCAACCAUAUCUGGAGUCGUCGUCGGUGAUGUCAGAGGAGCAUUUCUUCCGUUCAGCUCCCUCUUACGAGUCGCCCUUACUCUCCCGUCCAUACUGUCCAGAAGCAAUCACUUCCAGAGAAGCUUGCAUGUACAGCGGGAUGGAGGCCCAGUCCGGAUCAGGGGCAGCAGACAAAGACGACCGGACCAGCUCUCCUUCAGUUAACUGCAACGUGUGGGCUACAAUGCAGCCGUACUCCCGUUACAGCAUGGAGGCCGUCCCAUACCAGCCCUUCACUCCUCACUUCCCCAACUCUGCACCCGUCCACCCCGUGCUACCACAGCCCACCCCAUCAAUGGCUGACCUGGGGGUCUACAACUCAGCCAUGGUCCAGAGGAGUCUGCCUGUCAUCCCACAGUCAUCCUCCUCUUCGUCAUGCUCUCCAGUUCUCACUGGUUCUAGAGAUACAAGUCAUCCACCUCUGUACCACAAAAAGCCAGCCUCCUCUCUCCAGCCUCUAAAAGAGUAUUCAGCCUGUUCCACACAAGGAAUGAUACCCAUCCGAGAUUCAUCCUAUCAGUACCAAGUGGGGCUGAGUAGCGCAGGGAGUCACUGGACCGACAGCUAAUGCGUGGAUACAAGUCUGACGUUAUGAAAGGUUUCUAAAACCCCAGUGGACGGUGAACUAAACAGUGGUAAUGAGCAGAUAAUGGCAGUCAGUGGCCACGUCUCCACGGCAUGACUUUCUGAGACUCAAAUGCAAAUUGUGGACGUGAGCAGCACAAUGCUGACAGACACAAAGUGUCUUGUGACACCUAGCCAGGUAAUGUCAGGUAAUGCCAGGAAGAAAUACAGGAGUAGAAAAUUGAAGCGGAAAGAUGAAGAAAGCCUAAAAAGGGAAAUGAUCAAUUAAAUUACUAUCAAUACUUUU